CAUGGGUGUGAAGCCCAUCGAAAGUGGCAAGAAGAUGAUUUCGGUCAAACUUCGCCAACUCCCGGUGAAGGGCUCUUUGAGUCACGACACAGAGCAGUUAGAUGAGCACGGAUCAUCAGCUGGAUUGUACAGUCUAUUCAUUUGUCAUGAAAAGAGACGACAUCAUCUGCCCAGGAGAAAAUGUACGACACCCAGCGAAUAUCGUACGAGGCAUUCAAUGCGCAGCGCAACUCCUUGAAGUCCGUACAGUUCAUGUAUUUCCCUGGCUUGCCCCCUGGCUGUGAUGAAGCCCAGUGGUCAUAACAUUUCACCGCAAGGCCCAAACUGCGAUGUU